CUUUUCCUUUCCCCUGUUAGUGAGGAGCUUUUUGUCCGUGGUUGCUGUUCGAUGACUUUCGGAUAUGUUCGAAUCUUCUCUAUCUUAUCUCUCAGAUAAUUCAAGGGAAAUGAUUUUUCAUCUCACGCGACCUAACUAAAUUUAUAAUGAACUUCUUAAACACGUGUAUUUUAAUCUCGUGUAUGUUUGUCGUAACCAAUAACGCUACUAUAUCCAACCACAAUUUCAUAAAUUUUUUGGAAAAAAUCACACAGAGGUAUGAAUUUUACAAAAAUAACAGUGUGUCCCCACAUGUGUUGGAGGAAAUUACUAAUAAAAAAUCCAGUCGUUCCGUGAAUGUAUCAAAUGUUGAUUAUCUUGGAUUUGUUAGAAAGUUGUGGACGGCUGCUGAGAUUAAAUGUUUUGAAGAUAUUAAGUAUAUGAUUCAACAUUUAAACUCAAACUGGUCAAUUCAAAUGUUGGAUGCCAUCGGUAAAAUGCCAAGUGGAGCUUUAUUGGGAAACUUUUUAUGGAUGGGGAAAUAUCAAGAGUGCGUGGAUGUCCAGAUGCCGAGGUCAAAUAAUGACUUGAAUGGAGGUAUUCAUGGCACGUAUUGUGUUGCAAUCUGGAAUAUAACAACACCCACAACUUUCCAUGUACCUUUACAUAACAUUCCAAUCAAAACUGGAGUUUGUCUUCCUAGUUCUUGUAGUGCAUUGAGUGUUGAUGAAAAUAUUCAACAUCUAAUAGAUAUAUUUCGCAGGGUGCCAGUUCUAAAGCAAUUUGAAAGUUUCCUAAAUCUGAGCUCUUUGAAAUGCAAAGAAGAAGAAACAUUUUCAAACCCAUCUACUUCAACGUUUCUCAUUUUCCUAUGUCUAUAUUUGUCACUGGUUAUUGCUGGAAGUUUUAUCACAAUUGCAGAAUAUGGACAAUUUUCGGUGCUAAAAUUGUCUUUUUUGAAAUUUUCGAAAAAGAAUCCGAAUUUAAAUAAUCUUCUGGGAUCUUGGAACUCUGAGGUGACAAAUAUUGUUAAUGAAAGUGAAGAGUGUGAAUAUGAUCAACAUUUGAAUUUAGUAGAUCUUGAAGAAAGAAGGAAAUCAUGUUUUUAUACAACUAAAAUCCAAAAAUUUUGUGAAAUAAUGGCCAAAGUACUAAAAUGUUUUUGCUUGUUUACAAACUCGGAGAAGGUAUUGGAUGUAAAAGGUUCGACAAAACAUUUCUCCUGCAUUCAUGGAAUACGCUUUAUCAGCAUGGCUUGGGUUGUACUUGGUCAUACCUAUAUACACAACAUAAGCAUCUUUGGGAAUUACGUUGAUCUAUUGCAUGGAAUCGAUAACUUACCAUUUCAAGUCAUAGUUCAAGGAACAUUUUCAGUUGAUACUUUUUUUCUUAUUAGUGGAUUUUUACUUGCAUACAUUUACUUUGAAGAAGCAGACUCAAAAAACGGUGACAUUAGUUGGAUAGGGAUCAUUAUUCAUCGUUUAAUAAGGAUCACUCCUGUGUAUGCCGUCUUAAUUGCUUUUAAUGUAACGAUGUUUAAGUACAUAGGAAAAGGACCUUUUUGGGAAGAAGAUUCGGAUGUUGAUAUUUGUAGAGAGAAUUGGUGGUGGAAUUUACUGUAUAUCAACAACUUCCUUCCUUUAGAAUCAAUGUGCGUCACGUGGACAUGGUAUCUUGCUGAUGACAUGCAAUUUUUUGUCGUGGGUACAUUCUUAUUGAGCAUAUUAUGGAGAUGGCGUCGUACAGGUUUGCUCAUAUGUUCCUUAUUGUUAUUAAGUAGUUGGAUAUUAACUUGGUACAUAAGUUACUAUUACAAUCUUGUUCCUUUAUUUUGGGGUCUGUCACAAUCUACUGAUUUCAAAGAAUAUAAAAAUAGACUUUAUUUAGCGUGGGAUGUUUUAUACAGCAAGCCAUAUUGCAGAAUAGGACCUUAUUUGAUCGGGAUACUUUUGGCGUAUGUACUAUUCAAGAAUAAGAAUGCGAAGAACAUUUCAGGGAGGUGGAUUGGAAUUGUGGGGUGGACUGCGUCUUCGCUAUGCUGUAUAAGUGUAAUUUACGGAGUAUACCACAUACAGCCAGAACCAUACUUGUUCCAUUUCUACAAUGCAUUGUCCAGAAGUGCCUUCAGUGGAGGAGUAGCAUGGGUCAUUUAUACCUGUCUGUCAGGAAAAGCGGAAAUAGUUAACGGGAUUUUGUCAUUUGAUCUGUGGGUACCUUUAAGCCGUCUGACAUACUGUGCAUACCUUUUUCAUCCCUUAAUAAUGAGUUGGUACUUUGAAUCACAGAAGAUACCACUUUAUUUUACUCAUACUAACAUGGUGAUGUUGUACUUUGCAUUCCUGGUUGUAUCGUAUAGUGCAGCAUUUGUUAUCAGUAUUAUAUUUGAAGCACCUUUCAUCAAUCUUGAAAAAUACUUAAGGACAAGGUUAUCAAAAUGAUACUAAGUUUCAUUAAGUUUGAAAAGUAUGAUAACCUGAUCAUUCUUAUCAACAUUUUUGCAACAGAGGGUGUUCAUAGUGAUGUUUUCUGAUAGUUAUUGCCUGAGAAGUGGGUGCUGGAUUGUGGCCACCCGAAAUUGUUGGAAUUCAAAUCUAACAUUAUGAACUGAUUUUUACCUGGAAUGUGCUCAUCUGUUGUUUUGUUGGAUCAUAGAUUAUCUGACCUAUAGACAUAUCAUGAAGUUUGACUCAGUUUACUUGAAAUUUUUAGGGUGUAUCUCAUUUUAACUGUCAGUAAACUAUGUUUUUGAAUACCACUUUUCCAAAGAAUAAAAUCUGCACUUUACAGAGA